AUGAUUUUGUCAGAAUUUGAAAUUAAUUUUGUCCCACAAAAAGCAAUAAAAGGACAAGCGUUGGCUGAUUUUCUGGUAGCACACCCAAUUCCGGACAAUAUGGAGUUACGAGAAGAUCUUCCAGACGAAGAAGUUUUCACAGUCGAGACUUCAUCAUGGCAACUAUUUUUUGAUGGGGGAGCAAGAAACAGUAGGGCAGGUGUUGGCAUUGUCUUUGUGAUGCCGUCAGGAGGCCUGAUACCUUACUCUUUUCAUAUUCUGGCUAUAUGCACCAAUAAUGUAGCAGAAUACGAAGCAUUAAUUAUCGCCCUCAAAAUUGCACUCGAAAUGAAAAUACAGUCAUUGGAAGUAUUUGGUGAUUCGAUUUUGGAUAUUAAACAAAUGAGUGGCGAAUUUGCAAUCAGGCAUGAGAAUUUAAUCCCUUACCAUGAAAAGGCUAAAUACUUGCUUGCUCAAUUUCAAGAUAUCACCCUAAAUCAUAUCCCUAUAUCAAAAAAUGGUAAAGCUAAUGUGUUAGCUAACUUAACUGCAUCGUUGACACUUCCUGAAGAAAGAGAUAUCCAAAUUACAAUAGGAGAAUGCCAUGUGCUACCUCAAUCCACAGAAAGAGUUAAAGAGGAAAAUACAGUCAACUUGAUAACUUUCCAUGACAAUGCAAACGAAACUGACUGGCGCCAACCAAUCAAAGACUACAUCCAAAAAGGAGUCUUGCCAGAAGACUUAAAAGAAAAAUAG